AUGUUGAGCGAGAGGAGUGGCAUAUGUGUUGAACCACAAGAGCCAAGUUUUGAUGUUCCAUUAUUCAACAUCACAGCAAAAGCUGGGGAAACAGCCAUUUUACCAUGUUCUGUACAACAGUUAGGUAAACACUGGGUAGCAUGGUUAGACCCAAGAGAAAAGGUGUUAACAGCAAGAGACCAGCGCAUUAUAUCAGAUGCGAGGAUAAGUGUAGAACGACCGUUCAAAGAUGACUGGAACUUGUACAUUAGAGAGGUUGAACAUUCUGAUGCCGGAAAAUAUAUGUGCCAAAUAAAUACUCACCCAGUCAAAAUUAAAUAUGUUAUGUUAUAUGUACAUGAACCUCCAAGGAUUAUUGAGGAAUCAUCAACUAGUAAGAAAACAGCAAAAGAAGGUGAUACCGUGCAACUGUUUUGCAAUGCAACAGGAAUUCCUGAACCAACUGUCACGUGGUACAGACGUAGGUCUGAUAUAAAUCAUCCAGCAAAAGAAGUUGUUGGUCAGAAUGGAGAAGUACUAAUAAUAUACAACAUAUCCCGCUAUUGUGAAGAUUUAUAUGAAUGUGUAGCAGUAAAUGGUAUACAACCAGCAGCAAGUAAAGAGAUUAAAGUUGUUGUGGAGUUUUCACCAGAGAUAUACUUAGUUCCAAAAAGAAUAAGUCAGGCAAUAGGAAAAGAGACUAUACUGGAUUGUCGAAUUACUGCCAAUCCACACAUAUAUAGUGCUUGGGUUAGGCAUGAACAAGAGAUAGAGAAUAAUUAUAAAUAUCAAAUAGAGCUGUAUACAGAGGAUAACAAAAAUACAAUAACAUUAAGUCUGAGAAUAAAAAUGAUAGGACUUGACGAUUUUGGGAAGUACAUAUGUAGAGCUUCAAACAAACUAGGGAAGGAUGAAGAACUCGUCAUAUUAUCUGAAUUAGUGGUCAGAACAGAAGCCCCUAGCACAACGGCAGAUACCUUUAUUCAACCGACUACAAGACAUAAUUAUAUUGAUCCACAUGACUCAUCAUGGAAAGGUGGCCAUGAGGACCAGUACUUUCCCCCAUGGUCGCAUGGGUACCAAAAUUCACCUGAAACGUAUGGUAGAAAUAAUGAUCGGACACAGGAGACUGGCGCACAAAACGGAUCAAUUGUUCCAACCAAGAAUGUUAUUCACGUUCUGUUUCUGUCCACUAUUAUCUGGUUGUGUUACUCUUUUUGAAAAAAAGUAGAUGCACACAAUGUGAUUAUAAUUAUGACCGAUAGGAUAUUUGUCAUGCUCAUAUUUUAAUUCAUGCAAACAUGAUUAUGAUGUAUAAACGGAUUAAGAUAGUAUGAAAGUAUAAAAAAUCAUGUAUAUUUUUAAAUACUUUUCCAAAAUGUAGAUUUGAUCAAGGUGUUUCAAGUUAUUAUACACAAUUAUGUGUCAUCCCGCUUUUAUCAUAAGACAAAACGAUUUAACAACUCGUGAGAUUAGGUAUCAAUUUCCUUUUUUCAAUUUCAAUACUAAAGACGAAAAUUGACCAAAAUCUCGAUUAUUUUUACAUUUGAAUUGGAAAACUCGAGUUAAUAUCAAGUGAUAUCCGAUUCUCAUUUGUUAUGAAACCUAUAAAUAAAUGUCUACAAACUUUAGGCAUACUGACAUAAAAAGAUGUGUUCGAAUGUUUUCCUAUACAUAAGCUUGAAUUACAAAUAAAAUCAUUUGGAAUGUCCUACAAAAGUGCAACAUUUUGUCGUUUUAUCAUUCAAAUUCACAAAUUAGUGACCGUCAUACGUAAAUUGCGAUGUUUCUUUGUCAAUUCAAAAGAUUAUGAUGUGAGUACACAUGUUUGUGAUUAUUUCUAGGUUUAUGGCGUUCCUUUGCACUUCAGCACUUCUGUUUUGACAUGAAUUAUCGUUGAUAUGGUUAUAUUUAUAAACUAACUGCUUACAAAACGUAUGAUUUUCUAUCCCAGGAAUAGAUUAUCCAAGCUGUAUUAGGCAAAACCUUUCGAUGUUAUUUUUAUUUCGGACUAUUUAACUUUUUUUAUUCGAACGUCAUUGAUGAGUCUGUUGUAGACGGUGUCAGUGAUUAUUAUAUUACUGAUCACUUGCUUGACAUUUUGUGCUUUAAAAUUGCCAGAUUGAACAAUAGUUUUUAUGUAGGGAUAAAAUUUUGAAAGAAUAAAAUUAGUUUAAAUGAUAUUUAUUCGAUCACAGAAAGCACAUAAUUGAUAAUGUAAUACAUUAUCCCACAAGAAGCACUUAAUAGGCAAUUUAGUACAUUCUCCAUUUAUUUUAAAAUAUAUUCUUACUGGUUAUUUCUAAUAUUUGUUUAUAUCGUUUGCGUAAAUUUCUAAAUGAUAUUGACAAAGUGAGCGCUUGCAUAGUUUUCCUUUGUACCAUUUGUUAUCUUAUUUGUUUGAAAUUAAAGUGUAUUUUAGGCCUAUGCAACUAUGAAUAAAGGGUACCUGUUAAUUUGCAUAGUUAUAAGUGCAUGAUACGGCGAAUGUGAGAGAAAAUCAUUCACCAGGAAAUGUUGAUUAAGCUUUGAUUUGUACAUAAAUCUGAAUAUGCAUGAUUAUGUUCUUGAACGAUAUAUAGUGUGUUAUAAAUGUGUAUAAGAGAAAGAGAGAAAAAGAUUUGCUUUUACCAAUCAAUUCGAAAUAACCAUUAUUAUAAAUAUUACGUACCCGAUGUAGGUUAUUUCAUAAACACAUGUUGUAAAAACUAAAAUUAUGUUUAUAUGUAACUAUUUGUGUUUAUAUAGGUCUAAAUCAUCAUUUUGUAGUUUGUCUUAUAUUAUUGUGUUUAUUGAAAUUGAAUUAUGUCAGUGAUUUUCUUUGUUGUUUCCUGUCUUGUCAUAAUGAGUCGCUAUACGCAUUGAUUUCGGCAAUUAACAUUCAGUACAUAAAUUUUAGCAAUUUUCUAAACAUUUCAAGUAAAACUGUUUUCCAAAUUUAAUUAUCAGUGGUCUUCAUUGAGAUUUUAAAAAUCCCGUUUGUAUUAUGCUUCAAAUGUUUAGAUAACCUGCUUCAUUACAAUUCAGAUGCAACAGAGAAACUAAAUAACAGUAUAUUUUGUGCAUCUAUUUCCAUGUCUAUGUUAUAUUUGUUUUAUUUUGUUAAGUUAUUGAUAUUUAUGAACUUUGAGGGUAUAACGAAUGUGAUGUUUGCUUGAAAAGAACAACCAGUAUUACUAUAGAUAUAUAUAUUAUUGUUAUUAACCCAUUCUUAUUAAUUUGUAAUUUUGAAAAUGUACAAGUUUUGUUAAGUGUUGGUUAUCAAUUUACUCCUUUAUGAAACCCUGUUUGCAAUUUUGUUUUUUAUAGUACAAUGUUUGAAAUGUUGAAUUGCCAGACAAAAUUUAUAAAAUAUAAAUUCACUUCUGUUUCAAUUUGCAAUUUGGGUGACAGUCGCAGCAUAUCUGUAUAGAUAUGCUGCCAACCUUCCACUAUACACGUGAAACUUAUUUACAUAUUAUUGACAUUUAUAGUACGCAGAUACGUUUUAAUAAAAAAGACAAUGCGCCUAUAAUAUAUUAUCCAAACGACACAAACACAUUCAACAACAGACACGUGUUUAUGCAAUGAAACCUUAAAUCGCCCAAUAUGCGCAUGGAUUCAGCUGACUUGAUCUCAUAGCCAUGCAACGGGAUUGAACUGCAAGUUUGAACAAAUCCUUCCACGGUUAAUGGAAUAACAAAAGAUACUUAAAAGAACGUGACAUGAAAAUCAAUUAAAAGGGGUUGUGAUCUAUGGUACUGGUUUAAUAGACAUUUACUAUUUUUAGAUAUAUUUGUUUUUACUAAUUUUGUCCAGUAACUUAGCUGAACAGUUGCUAUACAAAUUUCUUCAAUAAAGAAAAUGUUGUAAUACUAGUAUCUUGAAUAAUUUAAGAUGCUUCAGACAUUUGUUUUAAAUUACUACCAACAGUUUUAAAUAGUGUUCAAAAUAACAGUGAUCAAGAUAAUUUCUCUAAUCUUGCAAACACAUUUGUUUAGUAGUGUAUAACAUAGUUCCAGUAAUGUCAACGGACGGGAUAAUCAUUAUACAAUAACAAGAAUAUACUUAGAGUUUGCUUUAUAAAUUUUACGUACCCUGUAAGAUUAAAUACUACAUAUGAUAGACUGGUAUCCUUUCUGUUACAAAAGUACUGCUCACUCUCUCACUCGUAUCUGCACAAUCAUCUACUUUUAAAUAUCAGAUCUGUCUUUUUCAGUAAUGAUUCUCUAAUGAUUUCGACAAUACUGCUUCAUAUUUCUUAAGAUUUAUUUCAGGGGUGAUUUAGAACUGACUUUUUUCAGCAUACCGUGGAUUCAUUAUUAUUCGUGGGAUACCAAUUUUCGUGGAUUUCGUGGGUAUAGGUAAACCACGCUAUAAAAUCAGGUUCAAUCCACCAUUUUCUACAUUUGAAAAUGCCUGUACCAAGUCAGGAAUAUGACAGUUGUUGUCCAUUCGUUUGAUGUGUUUUGUCAUUUGAUUUUGCCAUGUGAUUAUAGGGACUUUCCGAUUGAAUUUUCCUCGGAGUUCAGUAUUUUUGUGAUUUUACUUUUUUUUUUUUUUAAAUGUUUAACGAAGUACAAAUUUUCUAAAGGCUUGUAUGUAGACUUUGGUAAAACCACGAAAUCAAUAAUCCACGAAAAAGCAAAAUUUCCUCAAUCCACGAAAAUUGGUAUGUUCGAAAAAAAAAUGAAUCCACAGUAGCUGAAGUAUCGAUUACUUAGUAAUAUUCCAGUACUGAGUAACUUUUAUUAUUGUUUGUGUCAAUACUGUUUCAAUACUGACAUUUUGCAGAUGUAUCAGUAAAAAAUAAGUACUGAAACAGUACUACAAAAGACAGGACAAAAUCUAUAAAACAAAACAGACUGACACAAAGUAGUAUGCAACAUUUAAUUGUUAUUAUUUCAUCUAACUAUGAAACAAAGUUUCAAUAGAGUGUAGACAUGCAGACUGAGAGUACAUUCUUGGUAAUGUAUUCUGUUACUUGAUUUCUUUUUUAGUUUUAUGUUUAAAGAAUACAUUAUUUAGAUUUCCAAUAGCUUUAUGAGUGAUUGAUUUGAAUAAAAUACCAAUUUCAAUAUACA